AACUUCCGGUUAUGUCAGUUUCGUAGCCACCUGUUACCUCUGAACAAGUUUGUUUCUAAAAGAAAAUCGUAGUCGACAGCUAUUUGUGCGCAACAAGAAGGUGUGUAUGAGCCAAAUUUUUUCUGUUUAGCUUCACGUUGUAAAACAAUGACGUUAGUGAUUAAAUAGGGGGCGCCUACGUCGCUUCCGAUGCUUGUCGGGAGGAGUUUUGUUUUGACGUUGUGUCGUGAUCGGGCUAACCAAAGAGCGAAGCUUCUAGUUCCGUGUCUCGAGUGUGCCUCCCUUUCCGUGCAACAGCGUGCGUUCACAUCGAGGCAAGCGUAUCCAUCCGUCCAAGUGUGCUCCACCUUUCUUCGGAAAAAGACACCCCCGGUUUUUACGCGUCGCACGACCCAUAGAUCGACGACGUAAAACCGGCGGUCCCGACAGAAAAAAAAGAAACACAUGAACACCGCGAUACCAUGCUGACAGUGAACGCCGAUGGAGCUCUCAUCCCCAGACGCUGCGCCAACAAGCGCGGCGUCAGCUAGCGGCGAUGGCAUCACGCGGAACGGCCUGGCCAAGAUGCCGGCGAACGAGCGGUCGCUCCCAGUGUUCCUGAAGGAGUUCGCGCCACUGACCCACCUUUUGAGCCAGAUACCUCAGCACGCGCAGAGGGGCCUCAGCAAGGUUGACGUCAAGUUGACAUGCCUGGACGUGAUAGCCGAGUACGUCGCCAUCGGCUCCAAUGUCGGGGUCGUUUUCCUCUUCGACCGGACCAAGAGCACAGUGACGAGGCUAAAAUGCGCAGAAAUGCUGGAUGCCAUCACCUCCAUAUCACUCAUAACAUCCGUGGACUUCAUGCUGGGCGUGGGCUGCCAAAGUGGCCUCUGCGUGGCCUACCAGAUUCCUAUGACGGGGACGCAGUCGAAGAUGGAGAAGUACAUAAUUCAAGACGUUCACCGCGCACCCGUCACGAGUGUCUGCUGGAGUCCAAAUGCCAUGAAGUUUUACAGCGGCGAUGCGAGAGGAUGCGUCACAUGUACAGAAAUAGAUUAUGACCAGCACUUGUGUAGGAGCAAAGAGGUCCACAAGGAAGAGCACCCUGUGAUCCAGCUCGACUACGUGCCUCAGAGUCUCCUAAUCUCAACAACGAAAAGAACAGUCAUCUGCCACUGCACAAAGGAGAGCACCAAAGUGGUCCAGCUCGGUAACCACGAGAGAAAGUCCAAUAGCAACUUCGGAGCAUGCUUUGCACCCCCACAGUCUUACGGUGAACGGCAGGUGACUGUCUGGGCGUGCCGUCCCGGAAUGCGGCUAUGGAAAGGCACACCAGAUGGCAUUGUCUUAGAGACGCUGUUGCUUCGAGACUCUCUGAAGCAGGAAUACUUCCGGCCACAGAUGCUGAGCCUACCAAAAGAGUCCUACCUGGAGAAGCUUCCCGACUCUCAAUUUGGACUGCUGAAGCCGUACCGGAAGCGCCUCCUGCUGACGUGGAGCUCGGAGACAUUUUUUGUGGUGGACCCUGCUGUUAGGUCCCUGGUGAUUGUGUGCCCCGGUUUUGUAAAUAUCACCGACAUCGCGAUCUGUGAAGAAGAGAUCUUCGUGCUGCAGGCAAAGCGUCACAUUGUCAGGCUCGCUGCCCACCCGGAGGACAUAUGGGACCAACCGGAAGACAAUGAGACGCUGCUUCCUGACAUGACGGCCAUAAAGAACACCAUUGUCACGCCAUUGGCCGAAAUCACGGCGCUCCUCCGGGAUACCAGGCUGCCUGACCCUCAGGUGCUGCAGAUCUUCAAGAACAAAAAUGGAAGCGCGGUGCUGGACUGGUUCCGCCAGAAGGCACCCAGGCCGCACGGAAGCGACAGCGGCGGCAGCUCUCCCGGCGGGACGGCUCGUCGAGGAAGCACCGCCAGCGGCAACAGUCGCGUGACCGAAGCGGCGCUGGACAGUGAACAGGCAUCUGUCGAAAAGGGAGCCACGCCACCAGGCGAAGCCUUGUCAUACGCACAUCGGUCAAGGAGCUUCGAGUCGAUGCAGUUUCCCAACGAAUCGGAGGGUGAAGAUGACAUAGUUUUUACUGCCAGGAAGCGCAAGACCAAACACGGUUCAUCCACGAGUACAGCACAAAGUACGCCUACACUGGUCUUGCCGACAACAUCAGACGAACGUCCGUCUCCUGUCCCCACGUACGACGAGGUCUUUGCCAGCCCCAGCGGCACAUCACCCUUAGGCCAGGGCAUGUUGAACAAGGAAAACAAAAAAUCCGAGUGCCCUCCACCCUACAGUGCCUCCGAGAACGAGCUCGUCUCUCACAUACUCAGUCGUUACGGCCAGCUGAAGCAGCAGCGCCAGCGCCCCGACGAAGCGGACGCUAGCCAGCCGCUAGACAUUCCCGUAGGCGGCAGCAGUACGCUGGCGCCGAGUGACGCCGCCAAUCUGUCUCCGUCCCCAGCUUCAGUGUCGAGUGGGGCUGCUGAAACUGGUCUCGAAGCUGGCGCCAACGCCGGUGCAGAAGACUGCGCCAGCAGCAAUCCGGAGCCUGAGGACAGUCCAGAUUCGGAGCCAGAACUCUCCAUCGAGGACAUCUACGGCAAGAACAAAAACGCAAGCGAUUCGUAUGAGUCAGCGGAGUCAUCUGUGCCCGAUGUCGUGUUUCACGGUAUCGUUGAGCCACGCUUUCCCCGCUACGACUUCCACUGGGCCCAGGUCAAAGGCCCAGGCCCCGUGGUGUCGUUAGCCGCGUGCAAUGGGUACCUCUGCUGCGUCGACAGCCGAGACAACGUGUACUACUCUCGGCUCAUGGGACGCGAGUUCACCUGGCGGAGCGGGUCGCGCCCCAUGAACCGGGUGGCGCUGUCCCCGUCAGGCAACGUACUGUGGGCCAUCUACAAGGAGAAGCUGUACGCAGCGCGCUCGCCCUUGUGCAACGAGCCCCUUGCCAUGGGCUGGGACGAGGUCGCCAUGAAUGUGGUCAGCGUCAGUGUCACCGAGGCGACCGCCUGGUAUGUGACCAGUUCGGGCGACGUGUUUAUGUGUCCUGACGUGAUGGUUCAAGGCAAGCCCGUGACUUUCUACGGGGUCAGCUGCCUGUUCAAAGUGCAACAGGUCGCCUGCUACGAUGACGUCGUAUGGGUGCUCACGACACAGGACACCCUCCUUGCGCGCAUCGGCAUUUCGCCGCAGGUGCCCCAAGGCACGAGCUGGAUUGACAUACCCCUGCCUUCGAAGGGAAGCCCCGCCUGCAUUUCCCUGGGCUACAACAGCACCGGCUGGUUGAUUGACAGCGAGGGAAGCGUCUUCUUUAAGACAAACCUCAAGAACAGCGUCCCCUGCGGCUACAACAAGGAGUGGUGGCAGGUGGACUUGAACGAGUUUGUCUACCAGAUGGCGCCGCCUCUAGCCAAGAUGCAGAAGAACCUCAGUUCGGUCUUCUGCGCCGAGAAGAUCUCGCACAAGGUCCUCGGCAAGGGCAAGUGGCACCUGGUGGCCGGGAAGCACGGUGUCUGGUUCUGUGAGAGUAUGUCCUCCCAUCUCAACUCCUGCCGGCGGAACAUCACAGGGUACUUUUGGGAGAAGGCACACGUGAAUCUCUUGCACUCUGGGACCAAAUGGACGGACAUCGCAGCCGGCGGAGUCUUCAAGGACGAGGGUGUCGUGUGGGGCCUGCAGACAGGCGGCCAGCUGGUGGCGCUGUCUCCGCGCCUGCGCAAGUGGUACGCCGUGGGUCUGCCCCGCGGCACGUCGCUCGGCUGCAUCGCACCCUCGCCCGAGUCGCUCUGGGUGCUAACGACCAACGGCGACGUGAUGGUGCGCACCGGACAGACCCACCACCAACCAAUGGGUGACACCUGGGUCCCGCUGGACACCUCGCAGCUGGGUGAUGUCCAGCUGACACACCUCAGCUGCAGCUACGAGACGGUGUGGGCGUGCGACACCAAAGGGACCGUGUACAUGCGCAUCGGUUCACUGCGGCCCCCGGCUCCCCGUACAUUGCCCCCGGCAUGGGUACCAGUCGAGUCAGGUUACCAGGAGGAAUCUCCUUUCAUAUCCUCGUCUGCAUCAGAAAACCCCUUUUCGUUGCCUUUUGAGAUUUCAAGGUUUCUGAAGCCCCACCUCACCAAGGUGUACGUGGGUCCCCGGAACUUUAUGGUGUGGGCGCUGGACAACCGCAAGCAUGUUUACGUCCGCGAGGGCAUCUACCCGGAGCUUCACAUUGGCACCAGCUGGGUGGAAGUUCCAGGCGUCCAGGCGCGGCAGCUCUGUGUCAGCGAGAAGGCUGUCUGGGCGCUGACACCUUCGGGCGAAAUCUUCCGGCGCUUUGGCAUCUCCAACAGCAACUUUGUCGGUGACUACUGGAAGAGGAUACCGGGCCAUGCUGCAUGUCUCACUGUGUCCGUCGACGACAGGCUUUGGGCCGUUGCUGCUGAUGGCUCGGCACUACAGCUGUCCACCUGCGAGCUGCCAUCUCGCAUCAAUGAAAUGGACUCAUUAGGGCUCUCCGCUUCGGCCGAAAAGACUGACGCCGACAUGGACGGAUGGGAGCUCGUUUGAUGCCCUCCCUAGAACAUACCUCAAACUUCUUGGGCAUUUCUACGAGUCAUCGUUUCUCUCAGAAAUGAGCUUUGUGCUCUGUUCCUUCUCUUUUUCUUUCGAAUUUUACCUCUGGCAUUAUUAUUAGCGGCAUUAACGCUCAACACAUUGAAAUGGCGCUACUGCGGCAGCGAGCACAAUUUUGGUGAUGUGCAGCGAGUGUCAAAAGUUUUCGGAACAGAGGACUUGCGAAAAAGCCAAAUUUAACUCCAGAUUUUUCUUGCAGCCAGUAAAACACUGGCACAGGGGGGAGAAUCUUGAAGUCCAUGCUUUGUGCCUCAGGCUCGGGACAUAUGUUCUUGAGCUUUCUUCAGAUCCUGUGCCCCAGAAACUUUUGACACCAACUGCUGUACUUGCAUUGAAGCAUGUCAACUCCGCACAUGUAUGCCCCAAGGCAAGCUACGAUUCCCAUUAAGCCUUAGUAUGCGACACCCACAGUAGGGGGUCUUAAUAUGUGAGUGAUGUAUAUAUUCCGUAAGGGUUCACAUUUUGAGCUUUGUUAAGCUUUAUCUCGGUGUUUAGUGGCUGGAGUAUACUUCUGGCAUGGCCACUUCUUGCUCGUUUUUCUUAUAUAUACAAAGGAUGUGGUUAGAUGAACUACUUGUGUUUCCAGUAUACUACUAUGUAGCCUUAAAAGGUGAUUGUUCUAUAUAUUCUUGUGUAUGUUUAUAUAUGCCUGGCAGUAUGGCUGUGACAUAUUGUUGUGAAUGCUUUCCACUGUUUUCUAGGCCCCAUGAACUUUUCUAUGUGAAGCAGAGGCGCACCGGACAGUUAUUUAUUUUUUUUAUGCACCGAUACGAUGAAGAAGGUGUGAUUGUGGUGUCUUAGGACUGAAAUGUGACGUUCUGUUUUUAUUUGUUGCUCUGUCUUUGUUGUUGGCUCUUUGGAAUGUCCCUGCAUUUACAGUACAUUUACGUGAAGAAGUUGAGAACAGCAAAGCUGAAUUUUGCAUGCUCAAAUGCUAAGUCGAUGUUGACUGCCUAAACUUAAGCUUGCCGUUCACCUGAAUGUCCGUGUAAAAUGUUUCGAUGCUGACUUGAAUUCGAUGCAGCGGCAUUCGAUGCUGACUUGAGAAAAGACAGUGAAGUAUUGCUCAUCCUCUCUUCGCUUUGUGCCUCGAAGUCCCAAAUCCUGUAGCUUAACACUGCACAUUUGUAAGUGCAGACGGGAAACAGAAGUUGACUGCCAGAUAUAAUGGCUUUUGUAGAGAUCUUGAUGUAAAGUUCUUGUCAUAGAGCAGAUGAUUGAUUAGGUGCCUAUACAUAUACUGUUAAUUUAGCCCUUUACAUGAACGACAAGUGCCUACAGUUUUUAUGAGAAUUUGUGAACAGAAAUCGUUCGUUUUGAGAAAGGAAGAUUUUAUGGCAAAUGCAGCGCUCUCGCAUUGUGUCAACAAAUGUUGUCAAGUGAGUUUCGUUGAUUGCAUGAAAAUCUACAGCGUGUUUGCAAUGCAUGCUGGAUGAUGUCACAGGGCCAAAGACGUGGCAACUUCUGUGGGAUCUCAUUUCAAGCUGAAUUGCACUUGCCGUCACAAUGUCUUAAAUUGGCAAACUCCGAAGGCACAUUGAACGUACAAACACCUUCAGAAGUUGCAGAGCUAAGUAGUGACAUUGCACUAGAGUUAUUACUGCUUGAGGGUUCCCUAUGAUCGUAGUUGGUUUCAUACUACAGGCAAACUAGAUUGACCGUUUGGAGUACUUGCAUUCACUAGCAUGAAAUUAUACAUGCUACUGUAAAAAAAAAAGAAAGAGUAUAUAAACCUAUGGUCCAGCAGAAUAUUAACUAAAUGCCUCCUCAUCUUAUGAUAUAAAUAAUAUAAAGGAAUUAUGUCAUAGUAUGGCAUCACAGAUUUAAACGACAGCAAAACGUGAAGCAAUACAUUUCCGCAUUCCCACCAUUUCUGCACUGUACUGCUUGCAGUCACUCUAAAAUAUAGUGCGUCAUGUAUUGAAACUGUUUAUAGGGCUCCGCAUAGCAAUAACUCCAUAUAACCACAGUUCUGUAUGGACAUUUAAUAUAGAUAUGCAUAUAGGGUAGGGCGGUGUUGGUAGGCUAGUGCUUUUACCAUGGCAACAGAUAUUGAUAAAGGUAGAAUAGAAGAUAGUAUUCUGUGUUUGUUCAGUCUCCUGCCUUUAUCUUUUUAAAUAUGCUCUGCUGAAAAUACAGAGCAGGCGGUGUCAUGGAUCUGUAUCGUCCUGCUAUGUAACGCUCACUGUGAUACGUUUUUCUGCCUGCACUGCAUAACUUUAGCAGCGUUGCCCGGCAAGUUGGGCACUGUUUAGAUAUGGCAGCAAUUGCCGUAACAAUGUAGCAUAGGUACUUGGUGCUUUUUAUGGUUACUGCUCAUUUUGGGCAGUAAAUCUAUAUUUGGACAAACAAUAUGGUCCAUGUUCAUUAUCUUAGCACCGGAGAAAAAAAACAAUUAACAUUUCAAUUGCUUCAGAGCAACAAGCUUAUCAGUACUAGCCGUUACACAACCGUUAACUUUCUAUUUCUUGAAACAUUUAGUACAAUGCAAAGCGUACAUGUCUGUUAUCUCGCUACUGUUGCUUUAGGAAACACCUCAAUCCACCUGCAUCCGAGUGUUAGCUCUGUUUUCAAGAACCAGUACUGUGAUAGGAUAGCAGUGCUCUUGCUUCAAAUACUGUUCUUAGUGGUGUGCGAAUAUUCAGCACUUUUGAAUAAUGAAUCAAAUAGUGUCCUAUUCGAUUCAGUCUUUGAAUCAAAUGCUUACUAUAUGUAAAUGCGAAUAUCUUUCGAAUACUUUUUGAAUAAUUCAUAACGCCACCUGCACCCAAUCAAACGUAGAAUCGAAGCAGAAGCAUGGCAAAUUUUCACCCCCGCGGGCAUAGUGCAGACAUAAAGAACGAGAACUUGUGUAGUGGAGCAGGCUAUGUCACUUAGGUAGCCAUACUUUACAGGCUGUACAGCGAUCAUUUGCACUCACUGAAGAGUCUUUUUUAUGCGAAGAAACUACUUGUUUGCUCCUAAUACUCCGUUUGUGCUUUUAAUAACCUUCAUGCCGUGCUAUGUUAUGACAGAAACUUGCUAAUACUAGGAUGUGAACAUAGUUUUAUAUUGACUGUGAUAACGGCUGCUUGAAACACUAUUUAAAAAUUAUUCAAUAUUCGGCCUCAAAAACCACUAUUUGCACACCCCUAACUGUGUUUGUUGAGCAUUAGAAAUGUUGUGAAAGUUGUGCUUUUUACAAUCACUCACUUUGUUGUUGUUCUUAUAAUAGGACAAGUUGCACCUAUGUAUGCUGAAAUAUGCUGAAAACAGUUCAAGUAUGCAAGUGUAGCAUUUCGCAAAGCCUUCAUUGCAAGAGGUGUCAUUUGCCUUCAUUGUUUUUAUUUUUUUUCAGUUUGAUAACAGAGCUGUAGCUUUCUGAACAGCUUUAGUAAUGUGCAUUCUGUGAUGUCUGUUGAACACGUGAUAUAACUUGUGUUGUUUGAAUAGUGAAGCGUUUGAAUCGAAUACAAAUAUUCAGAUAUUGUGGGCCUUGAAGAGUGAUCCAAAUUCCAAUUAUCUUUUUGCUUAUAAAGGUAGAAAAAGAAACCUAUAUGAAAAACACUUAUUUGUUACGUCAUCUGGGCUGUGUCAAAGUUAUCAUUAAGUAAAAGGUUGUAGUAGCUUUUGGCUGCCUUCACACAGCUACUUGAAGUUGUCAAUGUACCAUGUGCAGUCAGGGUUACAUGUUUGCAAGGCACGGGUUUCACAAAAAGACAAAAAUAGUUGCUUGCUUCUUGCUUUCAGCAUUAAGUUAGUGAAACACAGCCUUAGUUAUGCAUACUGCUGUAAACACCAAGUCGGAACUGCAGUCUGUGUGCCCAAGCCACGAGAUUGUCUUUUCAUAAAUUGCACACCCUGCAAACUUUCGAAAGCAAGACUACAAUGGGACUUUUUUGAUAUCGACGAUCGUAGCAACUACAUAAUAUUGAGCCGCUACUGAAUAUUCAAAGUGAUGGAAUGUGAACUUCCCGAAUUGGAUUCAUCAAUUCAAAAUAGAAUCUUUUUGUUCAUAUUCUAGACUUUGUAUGUUCAUUUACUCUAGCAAUAACCCUAGUAGUGUUGCGUUCUUGUGAUUUCUUUCUUUAUUUCUUUUUUUCAUAGCCAUAAAAUUGUCUUGCAAUCAAGUGAAAGUUUUUUCGGGGGUGAGCUUUAUCAGACUAAUAGUGUACGGGUUUUAAAAUGCACAACAUUUUUAUAUAACUCCGCCCUUCUAUUUUGGACAUCUGUAGCACUAUUUAGGAGAUGUAAUCCAGUGACAUGUCGUGUGCUUUGAAAAAGACCUUUAACAAAGUAUGUAAUACUGUGUUCUGUAUCCAUUUGUGGUUGGAUGAGGGAUGAGUGAAAGCUAUUUCUCUCUCUGGUUGACCCCUGGGUAUCUUGCCUGUGUUUUAUCUCGCACGCUGCUAAAACAUCAUUUAAGCUAAAUGGGCUUCAAGUAAAUUCAAUUAGUAGAAGACGUUACAGAGUUCUGGCAUAUGGGCCGUCCAGCAUUAUUAGCAUAUAGGAAGUGUCUUUCACUGUCUGCCGCUCUCAGACAGAUCUGUCGCUCACAUGGAUGGUUGAUUUGCACCGUUCUCAUUUUGCCAAAGUGGCAUCCAUGUGCCCACCGAUGUAUUGGUAAUGUACCAUGUUUUCUUUUGUGUAACCCUUCCUCGUGCAUAAUGUGUACACCAAGGGCUUGGAAAGAGGAAAAAACGGGGGUUUAACCUAUCCGUUAACAAAUUGCAGUUUACUGAAUACCAGGACAACAGGGAGACAUCUGCAACACUGGUGAUGCCAUCUUGUGACAUUGAUGCCAACCUAAAUGUAGAGUACAUAGCCUCCGAGAUCAGGCGUGCACUACCCGAUCUCUGAGGUAACAAUAUUUAUUUACCUAUCUGCUAGAUCAGUGUUGUCAGUAGCAACAAACAUUGGCAUGCAGUGAAUUUUAUUCCUCUUCUGUGAGAACAAUGAUGCAACACUAUAACAUUCGUAGCAUGUUUCAAAACAAUGCUAGAAGAUGACGCCACUAGUACUGCUGCUGCCUUCAGUGUCUCCGGUGUUCUGGUAUUCCACAAUGGUUGGUGGAGCUUUUCGAAUUGCCUGCAACUCACGUACCCAAGAACCCAAAGUCUGCUUGGGUUUUGAUAAAACCUAAGUGGCUGACAUAUGCAAGCACAAUGCAAGCCUCUUGCGUCUUGAAUUUCUAAAAUUUUGGAGGGCAUAUUGUAUCCACAAGAAUACACCAAACCGGUGCACUUUUCUCAGUGAUGUCGAAUGUACGCAAGAUAUUUCGGCUCUGCUUCGUAGGUGUGAGAGUGUGUGAAGUGUUAUAAGUAGCAUUUGUUACCGGCAUCAGUAUUUCGUGUUGAUCUGCCUGUUUCUGGUGAAAAACGGUAGACUAUUUUUGAACCAUUGUUUAUAUAUCCAGUAUAUACGCUUACCUGUAGCAGCUGUAUGCAAGGCAGGCUGCUGGUAGGCAGUAUGGACAUAUUCGUAGCUCAUAAACUUGACAUUCCACCCAGCUGUGUAACACAUUGAUUUUUUUUUUCUUCUGUUGAGAUCUGUAUGUCUUCUACCACAAGCAUGCUAAGAGAGAAAAAUUCGCCGUGGGGCCAACUCCAAUUUGCCUAUACAAAUACAUGUGAAAUGCAGAAGUAUUCUCAAUAAAUUACUGCUAAAUU